UGAAAAUAAUUUAGCUUCAGAAAGUUCUAUAAUAGUAAUGAAAGGUGCACAAGGAAUCUCUUUAAGCAUACCUGAUAUAUCAUACCAUGAUUCACACGAGUUUGGUGCUACCAAAGAAGUUCCACUCACAUUAGAUUCUAGAAUUCAAGUUGCAAGUAGCAUUAAUUCUUCUGUAAAAUCAACAGAAAGUUGUUCGGAUAUAGUUUUCCGACAUAAAAGUCAGGAGGUGGUAAAAGACAAAGAUCUGUCACAAGUACAUAAUGAUACAAAAGUCAGUACACAUUUAGAUGCUAAUAAUUCACUUCGGAAACCUGUAAGCGAUGCUGGUAUUAAUAGUGUCAUGUGUUCAAAUGAGAGGCCAGUGGAUCCAGAUGCAAGUGGUAGUAUAAAACAAAAAUCUGAUACUGGUGACACUGCUCGUAAGCCACGGCAGACACCACAUGUUGUAGGACCGGAUAUAAAUAAGAACACUACAGAAAAGUCGGGUUCUGAUUGUAAGCCUCGGCAGACGCCCCUUGUUCGUAGAACAUCCACAGUGGCUGGUGGCCGACUCAGUCUCAGCACGCCAAGGAGACGUACAAGUCACAUUCGUGCACUGGAUUUUGGCACACCACCAAAAUCAGUUACAGAUUCUUUAUUAAAGAGGCGUUCAAAUUCUGCUCCGAAGGACACGGCACAUGAUGCUAAUACUUCCUGCAGCCCUGACAGCAGCAGUGACUGCAGGAUCCAACAGGCAAAAAAUGUUCGUUCUAGUCUUUUCAAAUCGCCGGACCUUCUGACCACCAGACAGCACUCUGAUAUGUUGACACCAACUCUGACAGUCCCCAUUGCCACGAGGACUCCAACCCCAAAGCUUUCUGGUGACUGGGAGAGGGUUACUGGAGCAGGUCUCAUAUUUGGUAAUACUUCACCUCUCCUAGUGAGUCCAACAAGAGAGGAAAAUAAUGAUCUCAUCAGUGCAGGUCAGAGUAUUAGUGCUCCUGCAGGAGAGGACCAUAAUUCUGAUGACCGACCGUCAUCUCCUUUGGAAGUUGUAUUGGAAUCAGAUGAUAAUCAGAAAAAUGAUUCAGACAAAUGUGAAACACCUGCGAGUAAUCAGGAAGGAGCACUUGCUGUAUGGAGAAAAAGUAUCUUGAACUACAGUAAGUCUAAAGAGACCAAGAGGAGAGCUUGGGAUGCAGAUCUCCGUGCCAUUGUGGCACAGGAUUAUGAAGUAAGUGUUAAGAAAUCAGAUGUGAAAAAGAAAACAGUGAAGAGGAACAAAAAGAAGGUGGAUAAGGAGACUGAGGAAGAAGCGAGGUUGGUGGAGUCGAGGUUGGAGAGUCUGGUGGAAGAAAUUGGAAACAAACAGACUGAAAGUGGACUUCCACCUGAAGAAGACAUUAGUGUCUCUGUGAUCGAUGUGGAGGAAGGUGCAGUGGGGAAAAAAACUCUGGACAGUACAAAUGAAAGUACAGAGAAUGUCCCAGUGACCAGUGGAAACCUGGAGCCAAAACAAAAUUCAGAUAAAUCUGCAGUUUUAUUAGCUGAUGCAAGUACUGUUCCUGCAAAAACUUCUGAUAAUCUUGAAGAGAAGUUUGCUACAAAUAGUGAGAAAACUGUAGAAUUGGAACCAGAGGAAACCUGUUCCGCUAGUGAACAGGGAGGAAUUUCCAAAUUUGUACAUCCUAAAGAAACCUCAACAAAGCAGAGUUCUAGAAACCGGAAAAGAAAAGUGUCAGGAGUUGUUGAUGGGACUCCUAGGAAAAGACAGAAAAUUAAACAUUGUACGACAGGUAAAGAAAAGAAAUCGAAAGGAAAAAAUACAAAGGGAGGAAAUGGUGAUAAUGCUUCCAGCUUGGCUAAUGAUUCUGACAGAGGUUUAGGAGCUUCCUCUUCUUUGGAGAGAAAUGAGUUAAACUCUGAAAUGGAUGAUAGUGAGACGGACCACACUAAAACAGAAGCAAACACAAAAGUAAGCGUAUCAGCUGCCCCAGUUACUGAUACGACUUCCGUUGCCAGCAGUAGCGAAAGUAAAGAUUCACGCUGUGUAACUAUACAAAGUGUGUGUAAGGAGGUAAAUGUUAUGGAGGCAUUUAUCUCCACCGCUGCCCUGGAAACUCCACAGAAAGUAAGCCCAACGAAUAGCAUUGUUGGCACAGGGUUUCAGGUUCCAAUUACACCCCGUAUCAUGAGUCCAAGCACAUUAUUAGAUACUCCAAUUUCAAACUUCCUCCGUGAGCAACCUUCAAUCGACUUGUCUAUGAUCCCAACUCCAAACUUCCCUCCUACACCUAAUAUUGCUGUGACGCCACACUCAGCUGAGCUAAACAGUCCAACAUCAUAUGCGAGCAGACCCACUGACUACUCCUCAUGCUCCUCGUAUUAUAAACCAUCACAUUCACCAUCUAGAACAUUGGAGCAAGUGUUGAUUGAUGAAUGUAACAGGAUAGAAUCAGCUGAUAGUCCUGACCGACUGGAAAUUAAACGAUCGUCAGCUGUGUGUCGUAAAGAGAUAGUCGAAUCUCAGGAAGUUUGUAUCUCUAUAACAGAAGAAGAUGGUUCAGUGAUUCAGCCAGAACAGCAAGUAACAUUAGUUACUUACAGCAGUGAUCCCAGCCGAGAUAUGCUGACAGUGGGAGGAGAUACACAGACCACCAACAAAGCAGACGUUAGUGCUGAAGCAGUCGUACACAGUACAGAUACAGAAGAAAGUGACAAGAAGCAAACAAAUGAUAAGAUAAAUGACUCACAAAUACUAGAGGAGGGUUCUGAAAGUGCCACGAAUCAUCAUCAUACAGCGCCUGUCACAUCAGCAAAUUCUGUGACGGGAAGUAAACAAAGUAUUGCAGCUAGCUCUUCCACAGACAAGGAAUGCCAAAACGAAACUAUCAACAUAGUGGAGAGAGGAAAAGAAGAAGAAGAAGAAAGACGAAAUGAUGCUGAAAAACUACAGUCUGAGAACAAAAAUUCUCAUAGAAAGGAAAGUGCAUGUAACAAUCCUGUGAAGACUGCAAAAAUUUUGGAAAUUCCUGUUGGUCAGCAGGACACCCCAACUCAUGGUGCCACCAUAAAAGGAAGCAGUAAGAAGCAUAAUAUUACUAGAAGUGUUGUAGAGCCAGAUAUACGUACAAAACGCAGAAUUUCUCAUUCUGCAUUUGAUCUUACAGUCAGUUCUGAACUUGAAAAGAAAAAGAACCGUAUGAUGGCAAAACUGAAAGGAGGGACCUCUGAUACUGUAAAAGGCACCAAGAUAAAAGAAGUGAUGAAGAAAGAUAAACGUAGAAAAAAGACUAACCAGACCGUCAUUGAGAAAGAAAAGAAUGAAAAAGUUUUGUGUGAGGCUGUUACUACUAAGGAAACUGCCACUUUGGAAAUGAGUGUUGUUCAAAACGUUGGCUGUGAGGAGCCGCUGCUGACAGAAAAAGACUCAGUUGUGAUUGAAAAUGUUAGUACAGUAAUCAGGAGCUCUGAAGAAUCACCUGCUUCUAAGUCCGUGUCAACUACUGAUCGUGGAACUGAAAGUUUGACUGUUACUGUAACACCUCAGAAGGGUAUUUUACUCAGGAGACAAGGAAUAUCUGUCGAUAUUAUUGCUGAAAGAUUGUGGGUGGAAGCACAGAACCCACAGGUGAACAGAAUGGCACAUAGUAAGGAAUCAGAGACUAAAAGUUUCAGUGAGUCUCAUUUAAGUGCUCACGCCCAGGGUCCUCCGAAUGGUGAUGACGAUGUGAUAGAAUGCACAGUACGUCAACCACCACACGGUGUUGCACAGUUGUCUCAGGAAAUUGAUACUGCUGAGGUUACAAUAGGCUCACAAAAUGAAAAAAGUAAAAGUCACAAAGACUGUACUGUUCCAAAUAAACGUUCUGUGAUGGAAGAUGAAAAUGAGUUGGUUAAUAGUGAUGAGAAAAAGGACUGUGAAGUGUCACAUAAAGGUCAUGGUGGUUCUGCACGAACAAGUAGUAAGAAAAAUGGAAAUAGCAAUGAAACGUCAAUGAAACCAGAGGCUUACAAUAUGACAGGUGUUGAAGAAGUAGGGAAAGAGAUAGCUACAUAUUCCAUACAAAAUGAAGUCCACAGUUUACAAGAGGUGGAAGAAGACAACAGGAGAGCCACUAACAAAAAACCUGAAGACGUGACACACAAAACUUCUGGAAAGGAAGUAAAUGCCAAGGACCACAUGAGCCAAAGAAAAAAGCAUGAAAAUACCAGGAAGUCACUGAAUAAGGAAGGUGCAGAAUGCAACAGAGAAAAAGAUGCUGUGUCUGUAAAGAAAUCAAAGAAAUUGGCUAAGGAAAAUACUAAAGACCACUUGACCAAAUCUGUUGUUGAUAACAAGUGUAACGAGCUCAGUAAUAUUUCUGGCAAUAUGAUUGUUGCAGAGAAAUGUAAUGUACAGGAUACUCCAAAAGACUUUUCAAGUGUUCACCAGCAUUGUGUUGUGGGGAGAAAUGAAAGAAAUGACCAAGGCAGCCAGCCUUUGGAUGUAAAGAGAGACCAUAACAAAGAACAAGAUUCUUCUAAAGCAAAGAAAUCAACAAAGUCAAGGAGUGAAAGCAGUAAGGUUUGUUUGGCCAAAUCCAUUGUCGGUAACACAGUUAGUGAACAUGACAAAAUUGUUGGGGACCCUGUUAUUGUAGAGAAAGUUAAAGUACAGGAUACUUUAGAAAAAAAUUCAGGUACCCGUCAUCACAAUGUUCCUGAAAGUGAAGAAAAAAGAAGUGAAGUCAUCCAGCCAUUGAAUAUGGAAGGAGAACUUGUCCGUGCAGACAUUACCACAGUCAAGACGUGUACAGAAUUGAGGAAAGAAAGUAUUGAGGAGUCAUUUACCAGAUCCUCUGUUGAUAGCAUUUACCACGACAGAGCUGUCGAGCAAAAUGAAAUGCAGAAUACUUCAAAAAACAAUCCAGAUGCCCAACAUCUUAAUGUGGACAGUUCUGAAAAUGAUGUAAAAGACAAUGAAGACCAUCAACCUUCGUUUGUGUAUAAUAACUCUGCAGAUAGCAGUAAUAUGUAUGUAAUUAUCAAAUACGAAGGGAACGGCCCCCGUAUGCAGCAGAAGGAAUCUGAAGAUUUAUCUGAUACCACUUUUACACUUAUGGAUGAAGCGGGCUCUCAUACGCUUAGUGUUACUGGAUUUUUUGAUUUACUCAGUAUCUCUCCAGAAAAAGUGAGUCCCAGGGUUUUGAACAGAUCAACCAAUGAGCCUGAUUUAACAUCCAAAUCGGCAACAGUGCCUUUAGUUCAUGAGGAAGAAAGAAGUGUGUCUCAUACAAAGGCAGGAGGUUCUGUAUCGGUCCAGGGGUCUUUACACUUAAAGCAUUCUUCUAAGAAGGAACACCACAGUGGACAUUCUGGUAGUAAGACAAGCAGUGAGCGUAGAAGAGAAGGACAAGUAAAGCAUACAAAUUCUAGUUACAAGCAUCGAAUAGGUGAUAAAUCAUUAAAGGCAUCAGAAAGUAGAGCUUCUAAUAAAACUAAAAGGCUGUUUCAGUCACCUGAUAAAAUAAUGAGUAAAUACAGACAUGGAGUCAAAGGGUCACCGAGAAGUAGCACAUUUCAACGUGAUCGUAGUGUGACACCUUCCAGGGCUCCACCUAGAAGACCUUCAACUGAUGGUACGAAACCUAGAAGGUUGCCAUUGAAAUCUCCUCGACCACCUUCCAAAUUGAGCUCGUCAGUAACAGUAGAGAGUGUAACUAAAAGAGGAACUCCUGUUUCGAGGCUGAAAGAUAUGCGCCAUAAAUCUAGUCAUAAAAGAGAAAGUGUGUCUCAGAAUCCAUCAAAAAAGUGCUCUUCUUCUGGCACACAAGUGGAGGGAGAAACUGUGAAACACAAAAAGGAAAAGUGUGAUUUAGGUCAUGUGCGUAACAGCAGUGACUCGAUGGCUGUCAGAGAUCGCAGGGACAGUCUGCAGGGUGCAGCAUGCUCACUUUUGAAGAAGAUGCGCGAAGAUGCCUCUGUAACAGAUUCUGGAGAUGAUUUGAUGACAUAUGCUCUGAUAGGCAGUGUACGGGAAGAAGACUCAAAUAGCAGUACUCAGCAGCAGUCUAAUGAAGCAGCUUCAAGGGAAAACUGGAGUGAUUCUCAUUCAUCCCAUGCAGUAGCCACAUCAUCUAAUGAGGACUUGAAGAUACUACCACCGAAGAAACGGAAACCAUCAACUGAAGAUGGUCUUGCACAGAGGAAAAGUGAUCUUCGACUGUAGAAUUUCCAUGAAAUUACAGUUGUGGCUAAGUACUGCCCUGCAUGCAGGAUUCCAGACUUAGAGACAUUAAUGCAGCCCAGAACUGUUCAGUACAUGCGUUAUGUGUAUAAACAGUGAAACUCGAGUGCUUUCCAUUUUCAGUGGAGGAGUAGCAAUAAUUAUGUGGAGCUUGUGAGACUCUGAUUGUUGGUGAAGGAAUACAUGGUGUGAAUACAUGAGAUUUUGCGCAAUAUUCUGCAAGAUUACAUUUGCCAUUGUUAGUGUCAAGACUGUGUGUGUGUUUGUGCUGUCUCUGCACUCAAUUAGGAUACCACAGAAACUUCAUGGUAAAGAAUAUCAGGAGAAGGUGACAACAGUACAAAGAUAUUUGUGAUAAUAUAAUUUUUGUGCAUUUUUAUUUACCCUUACAAGUAGCCUUUGAAUUGUGUAUGUAAUAUGUUUUAAUAAAAUGUGUCAUCAAG